AUCAGUCAUUAAAGGAGUUCGGUUCGAGUGAAACGGCAGAAGUAGUUCCGGUCCUGUUCUGGCUGCUCGAAGGUGGAGGAGGUGUCGGUAGUACAGUAGCGGCGCGGAGCUGUGAGCUUUGAGCCCUCUUUGAAGUUGGGAGGCAGAGACCGCUCUGCUCCAACGCGCGAGCCCACGCACGCGCAGACACACAAACCGGCGAGGAGCGACUCACAAAGAGAGAGAGAGGGAGCGCGCGCGCGAGAGAGAGCGAGAGAGCUCCGGUUAUUCCUCCGGGCUCCGGCCGAGCCUGUGUGGUCUCUCCGCUCUGUUGCUAAGGAAAUGGAUGGCUCGAACGGCUCCGCGGUCCGGGAUGAAUCGUGCUCCUCGCCCCCUCAGAAGCCUGCCGUGUUUACCGGAAUCACUGCGAACACCGUGACGCGCCAGCUCUGCACCAGCCGGGCCCAGUGGAGCUGCAGCUGAGGAGCCGGGGAACUGGGGGAUUCUGACUGGCAGCUGGUGCACCACCAAAGGAGGGGAGGGAGGCGGCGGGGGUCCACGAGCAGCGGUGCCGGAGCGGGGUGAAUGCUGCCCGGAGAGGACAACGGCUGAGGCGGCAGCGGCGUCGACUUGAAAAGCAGCAUGGCAUCCACGGGCAUGCAGAUAUUUGGAUUCGUCCUAGCUCUGCUGGGCAUCAUGGGCGCCAUGGUGGCCACUCUGCUGCCUAACUGGAAGGUGAGCGCAGAUGUGGGCUCCAACAUCAUCACAGCUAUCUCCCAGAUGCAGGGACUGUGGAUGGACUGCACAUGGUACAGCACAGGCAUGUUUAGUUGCACACUUAAGUAUUCAGUGCUUUCACUACCCGCAUACUUGCAGACUGCUCGCACCACUAUGGUGCUGUGCUGCGUACUGGCUGCCAUGGGCCUUUGCCUUGCCUCCCUGGGACUAAAAUGCACGCGCUGGGGAGGUGGACGGCGCUCCAAGCGACACGCCGCCAUCGCCAGCGGCGGCUGCUUCGUCGCUGCAGGCUUUCUGUGUCUGGUGCCUGCGUCUUGGUUUACCAACGAGGUCAUCACCAACUUCCUGGAUUCCAGCGUUCCCGAGAGCAAUAAGUUUGAGCCUGGAGGUGCCGUGUACGUUGCCUUUGUUUCCGCAGGUUUCCUCUUUGUGGGGGGGUCCAUUUUCUGUAUGUCCUGCUCGGGAAAGAGACACGGACCCCAGGAUCUGGUCCUGCUGCCCCCCCCUGACAAAUUGCUUCUCCAGCAGCAGCAACAACAGCUGCUUCAGCAGCAGCAGGAGCUCCAGCACCAGUACUGCUCUCUCUCCCCAUUAGACAAUAAGACGGGCUACAGCCUGCAGGACUACGUGUAAUAACGCAGUGCUGUGCACGCCAAAGGGAGACGAGCCCGAGGGGAAACAUCACGGCUACGCACUAGGAUCUACUCAAGGAUGGAGUUGGAGGGGAAGAAAAAAAAAAAAAGAAAAAAAAAAGAGAGGAGAGCAACAACUUUGAAAUCACAUUUUUCCUUCUGCUCCAUCUUCUUUUUUCUGUUUUGCAAGCACAAGCAGUUGAGGUAUUCCCUGAGCAGCGCCUUGGAACAAACGGCGUGAAUGUGCAAGGAGCCAGGAUACCAGGAUAAGGUGCUGCAGAACUGACGGAAGCUGCCAACCAAACGCAGACAUCCUUCAUCAGUAAAUCACACAGAGUUCCCUGCGGAAUGAAUUAAGCAAAUAAGGAAGCCUUGAGUGGAGUUUUUUUUUUCCUCGCCAAAGGUUUAAAUUGAAGGAAAAAACAUACGAUUAUUUAGCUGCUAUUUACAAUCGUUCAGUCCUUCCUCUCAUUUGAUAAAACAGGCAAUAUAAAGCCCAAGAGCAGUAGGUGGAAACCCUCACAUAGCAAGCCAUUGUAGUUUAUCCUAUGCUUGUCCACUAGAAUGCAACAUGGAAUUGACUAAUGAAAUAAAUGGGCAUAUUUUUGUUAGCUACUAGAAUGACGUUGAUAUUUUGCCUCUAAAGCAUGCUGUGUGGAGCCUGUGUACAAAUACAGCGGAAUGCCUGGUAGAAGACUGAGACAUAGCCACACAAUGCCUGUGCCUGAAAAGCUGUAGAAACAUUACCCUGCUGUAACUGUUCAAAGAGGACUGUCAGGAGGAGUAGAUGUGGGCUGCUGGGCUGGAUUUAAGAGAGAAAAUGCAGGCAAACAGAUGCCUGCGUCUCUCUCUGCAGGUGGAAAUAUGAGAGAGAUGGAGAGAAAUUGAAAAGAGCGUGAUCCAAUACUUCAGCAGCAGAGUGGACCAUCUCAUAUUUCCAUCCAAACAAAAACAGUCUGCCUGUAAGUAGCAGCUACCCAUCUCGAUCCAUCCCAGACGAUCACGCCCACACAUUUACACAUGCGCUUGUGCGUCUUCUCGUAUGCAGUAAACACUCCGACACGCCGGCUUUUUGCAUGUGCUUUUCUCUCCUGUCAUCCACCUCCACACUGCCAUGGAAACCGAAUUCAAGCAUUGUCUGGGGGUAUGUGCGUGUCAAUCAGUCAAGUUGUUUUAUUUUGGGUGGGCGGGUGGGUAGGGGGCAUCUUUUUCUCUUGCCAUGGCAUGCCAUAAGCUUUCAUCAGAGCCUCUGCUCACACUACUUUCACUAAUCCCCUUUAUUAACCAGUGACAUGAAGCAGAAGCCCUGGUCGGGGGGGGGGCCCUGGAAAAUGGCUCUUCUUUGUAACACACCCCUAUAUGGUGUCUAUGCCGUGCAUGCGGUCUCACAUGGAUGAACAGAUGUUUAAUGGUGCAGUGGCACAGAGGAAAAAACAAAGCAGAUAAGAGGAGGAAUCCUGAGUCACAGCCAACUGGGUAGUCGUGUGGCAAGAGGCUAAAAAUGAUUUGAGUCAUUCUCCAUAUGCGACUUGUUUUUCAAGUACGUCAGCAAUGCGCAUACACUACCAGCCUGCACCUGCAGAAGGGUCUCAGUGUCUUAAAUUUCAUCCACCAGACUGUCCUCGUUUACCUGCCAGUCGCCCUCGUCUUUUUUUACUCAAUCUCCCCGUCCUGCUUGUGUCAGGAUAGGACUCCUGACAAGAGAACACUGAUGCAUGUUGAAAGCAUGUCCUUCUGAGACGCACACACACACGCACUCGUGUCAGUUUUGCAGCUACGCUUUCACAGUUACCGUGCGCUCUAUUUUCUGAGGUAAGAAGAUGGGAGGAAUAUUGUUUUUGUGCUUGAGACAGGCCUUGGCAGUGAUGUAUAGAACUGCACAUUCUCUCCUUCUCUCUCAUAAGAAUGCAGCUUCCUGGGGGAGAGCAGAUGGCUAAGCCCAGCUCGCCACCUGCAGGCUGCUGCCGGCACACCACGGGAUUCGCUGUGGGAGCUGCCGGUAGCCCCGCGGGGUUGUUUUUUUGCCCCGCCCCGGUUUAGCCCUCUUGCCCAGCUCAGACUGCUCCCAAAGGAACUGGCCUCCUGACAACGACUCACUGCCCAGGCACCAUUACCAAUGCAAUAAACAAAGUAAAGAAUGUGCCAAGUCAUCAAGUAAUACUGACACGUUAUGUGUUUUGAGAAUGUGCCAAAUGGUCUCAUGAUGACACGUUUUAAUAAUAUCUGAAGUUCUUUUUGUUUAUUUUUUUAACAACUUGUUUGUACAUGAAUUAUACAUUAGCAAAUGUUUUAUGGAUUUGUGAUUCGUCCGAAUCAGCUGGAUGCUUGUGUACAGUCCGGUGCGGCUUUCGAGGGUUAUUUUAAAUCCUCUUUAUUCCUCAUUUCCCAAAGCACAGCGAGACGAAACAGGAGGAAGACGAGUGAAAAGUAAAUAACGCUUGUUUCAGGAAUUCCGGUUUACUGCAGGUCUGUGACAACUGUACACAAGUGUCUAGAUUUUUAAUACGUUUAGGUUUCCUACUGAAGGAUCGGGAUUCCUUCACACUGGUUCAGUAUAAGAUACACCACGCUCAUAUCAUAUCUUCUUUAUAAGAAGACUAGUCAGUGCACGUUUACGUUAUUUGACAGCAGUUCGGUUCAAAUGGCUGAGCAUUCAACCUCUCUGGACCAGGACAAGUACAUCACACAACUGGCACUCUGGAUAAAAAGGGAAAGUCUUUCGGUCUGAUAUGAUUAUGCAGGGGAAAAAAAUUAGCUAAAAAUCUCUCUUUUUUGUGGCUGUGCAGCUUGAUCAUCAGCACGCGAUUUCAUUAGCUUAUAAAUGGCCAGAGUGCAAAGUGACUAGGUCCUAAAAAGAGUUAAGCUCUCCUGCGUAUCCUGUACCAAGACGUUGAUUUAUGGUUUUGAUAACUGCAGCUUAUUUUUGUGGAUGCUUUAGCACUUCUUACUUUGCCAGAGCAUAUUUGUGAUGAUAAACAGUUCACAAGUUCUGAUACAGUUGUCUCAAUGUGCUUGUGCAAGUAGUUCUAUUUUUUACCAAUAAAACUAUUUUGUGAAAGCAGCGCGCCUGCUGGAUGUGUGCUUUUAUGUGUGUGGCUGAUGGGGACGGCGAUAGCAUUCAUCUUCCUGCCAAAUGUACAGGUUGCUGGAUGGUACAGGCUGCGCAGCGUGCAGGAGGGAAGGCAGGCUGCUCGUAUGCAGCACCCACCAGUACAGCAGUGCGUCCAACAACAAGAAUAAAAAAAAUAAAAAGGAUUCUCUGAAAAUGGCUCUUAAAGAAAGGGUUUUAUAAAGCUGCUCCCAAUCUCCUCCAGUUAUUUCUUAGUGAUAACAUGAGCGAAUACACGAAGGAAGCAAUAACGACACUUCUGGGAGUUGAAGGGAACGCGAGUUAUCCGAGUUGGCUGGUUUAUCUGGCACAAAGCGACGAGUUUAACGACAUGUAAACUCUUCUGCCAACUGGUGGAAAGAAGAACAUUUUUUGCCGCCUCUCUUUUUGGUAUUUUAUCACAUUUUUGCUAGAAAAAAAGGAUCCUUAGACCAACUGAUCAAUCAGAUUAACUGAAAAUGGACUAGUUUACUCCUCCGCUGCAGACCACACUUCUUUGUCCCAGUUCUUUAAUAAUUAAUCAGUGCUAUGAAAUGGUAUUUACCCCGUUUCUCAUUUCUUAAUUUGUUGCAGAUUUGUCACAUUUACACGUUUCAGAUCAAACAAAUGUUAAAAACGUAAUUUCCCUUUAACCUAAUAACUGGUUGUGCCACCUUUAAUGAUAACCAGCAACGAGCCUUUCACAUGACUGUGGAGGAAUUCGCAGAAUUGUUUGCAUUCAGCCACACUGGAGGGUUUUCCGGCAUGAACUUCCCGUUUCAGGCCACGCCAAAGCGUCUUAACUGCAUUUGAACCCAGACUGUGAUUAUUUCACUCCAAAACGUUCAUUUUGUUGUUUCUGAGCCGUUCGGAUGUGAGUCAGACUGAGAGAAGUGAGGCCUGCAGUUUUUUAAGUGUUGUUUGGGGUUGUUCUCUGCCGUCCUGGACGGGGCGUCGAUGCGCUCGUUCAGUAACUUUGGUAGGCCGGUCACUCCUGGGAAGGUUCAGCUCUAUUCCAAGGUUUGUGGAUAACAUGUGGAUAAUCCCUCUCACUGUGGUUCACUGGCAUCUCAAAGCUUUAGAAAUGGAUCUUUAACCCUUUCCAGACUGAGAGAUGGCAGUGACCUCGUCUCUCACUUGUUUCUCUUUUAGCCUGAUUCACUUCACAGGUUCUAUUUAAUGUUAUUCAACAGGUUUGGCUAUAAUCAGGCCUGAAACUGAAGCUUUCUGUGGUUAAUUCAUGAUUUAACAAGGUACCGUAGCAGCUAGGUUUGGAUAGCUUUUCCCCUUCAUACAACAAACAAACUCUGUGAUCUUUGUCUAAUAUUAAAAUUGAAAAUGUCUGUGAAAAUGUCUCAGACUUGGUGGGAGUUUGGUUCAGAUCACAAUCCUGCACAGCACGUUCCCUCACGUUCACGCUGGUGUCAUAUUUAGCCUAUACACUUCAGAUGGGGUGGUUAUUAAAUUAGAAUCCGGGCUCUCAUUACAGCUGAUUGGAGUCUCAUCAACAGAGGGUGAGUGAAAAUAUGCUUUCCUGAAACAAACAUGGAUUAUUAAAGCCUCUCUCUCUCCCCGUCUCAUUCUUUCCCUGCGUUUGGUUAUGCAAUACGAGUGCAGAUCAAAUAACUACUCCUCUCGUGGGGGAACGCUAAUAAGAUCUGCUCUUCUGUGUAUUUAACCUACAUUUUUCAUCAAAGGCUUUCACCCCGAGUUGCUGCUAUGACAGAUCUGGAGUGUGAGCUUUAAAUGAGGGGAGGUGAGCACUUGUCAGUUGCAGGCAGGGGUUAAUCACGCGCUUUUCUUUCAACUCCGAGCUCACAUUUGUUUGUUGACCUUCCUGGUCAGCAAAAUGUCUUUCCAGAGAUCACCAAACAGGAAAAAAAGGAGGAGGAGGUGGCGUGGCUGGUAAUAAGAUGAACAAAAGACUCGGUGCACGUUAGGGAAAUGCCAUCGCUCACAUCCACAUUGCUCAAAAUUGCACCAACGUGUCACAACCCUUAAAGUGCUGCUCUGAUUCGGACAGCAGUUAUGCUCAUAAAGGUUCAUACUGGAAAUAUAAUGCGCUCAUCAGCGCUGAGGGAGGAUGACCUUCCUUUGUCGCUCUCCUCCAGUCCCUGCGCACAUGUGAGGCCGGGGAAUAACGGCAACGACCUUAGCUGCUCGGUAAAUUGCUGACAGAGGCAGUAAAAGCUAUGAAGAUGACAAAAGGGAAGCUUGUAGGAAAACAAUACGCUGUGACAGUUCAAAGGAGGCCCUUUAAUAUUUUAGCUUUGGAGCGUGCAGACCGACGCGUGCCCGGGAGGAUUCGGUAAGCUGAAGGUGAGGGAGGCUAAACGCUUCAAGGGUGCUGAAGGUUUUUGUAUUUUUAGAUAAUCUAUAUUUCUCCUGACUAAAAUGAUGAUUACUGUAGACAGGCAACAAGGAAAGAAAGAAAAAGAAGCUCCUUUAAUCAUAAGAUGCUGUUCAUCACCUCACCAGUGAAACUAGUUAAUAUAGCCAGUAAAUCUUUACCUGGAACUUUAAAAUUGGGAUCCAUCCCACACCUUCAGUCGCCAUAAAAAGCCUUAAAGUAAGUCACAAACCGCCGCGUGUGAUGUUGAAAUUGGACACUCAAGUAAGCCUUCAACUUAAUAGCUUAUAGAUUGAUGCCUCCCAUCGCGGUGAGGGUUUUUCCCCCAUGAUAAAUGUAUUGUAAUUCGAUUUUUCUCAUUUGUAGCUGAACUUUCUUUCCUUGGAGGAUAGCCGGAUUUUUAAAACACCGCACCCCCUCCGCUGCGUGCUCACUAACCAAACAGAGCUGAAUUUGCUAAACUCGGCACAGUUACUUGUUAGGAGGAGGCAGUGGCUCUCUGGAGAUGUUCUUAAGCUAGCUCUGCCAACCUUGGCGUUUUGUUUAAGGUGAGCGGAAAUGAAGGAAGAGGAGAAGGAAGAAGCAAGGGAGUAUUUUUAGAUUUCUUUACCUUGGGUCCGUGAUGUAUUGAGACCAAGCCUUCGGGCAUUUUCUGGGCUGGCACGAGUCAUUGAAAUAACUUUCCCUGAUACUCUUGAUACCGCGUUUGACCCCGUUUACGGGAUAGGAAUAGGCUUAGAUGAAUUGUGAGAGUGGAGGAUGUGUGGCGGGAGGGGAGAAAGCAGCACAGCCCCUCUGAGGAGAUUCACUCUUGCUGUAGAGACGGGCAGCGAGGCCACAUUACAUCACAGAGAAGAUAUUCAUCACCACGGUGGUCCGAGCUGGGUCAUGCUCCCCAGUGAACCAUCUGUUUCAAUUCAAAAGGAUAAAAUUAAUUCAACAGAUGAGAAAAAAAGUCUCCAAAACUCGGAGCUGUGGAGGAGUACAUGUACAGUACCUUUAAUUCAAGUCCAAUCGCUCUCUGACUACUGCCAGCUACAACCGAAGUUCAAUGCGGCAUUAACAAAUUUAAUUUAGCCUCUGCUCAUCUGGCCUGUGCUCUUGGUAGACUAUUGUGUACAAGGCGAACAUCUGUAGGGCGCUCCUCCUGUGAGGCUCGGUUAGUUGGUGGGUGACGGCCAUUACUCAGAGCAGGGCUGAUGACCGGCCCAGACAACCAUCUGUUUGGAGGUACGCCUCGCUCUCCUCUCAGAUCCAUCUCUGUCAUGAAUCUGUCUUCUGGUGCUCUCUGGGCUUUGUUUCAUUUGACAAAUCUCAUAUUCAGACGAUAAUCUGCUCUCCAACCCUGCUUCCGUUUAUUCUGGUUUUCAUCACCAAUAUUUCCUUCCAUUUUUGCAUCAUCACCCACCCUUAUUCCCUUAUUUCUCAGCUCAUUUUCUUUUAUUCAUUCCAUUUCCUGUUAUGCCCUACCCCUUGCCUCAAUUUCAUUCUCACCUUAUUCAGCAAAUACCCGAGUUGUUAGCACAACGUGGAGCCCCCGAGGAGCUCUACAGAGGACACAGCAGGUUGUUUGCGACGGAGCAGCUACUGCACGACUACAGACCCGCCUGCGAUGGAAAGAGGUUGAUUUUAAUCACAUUGUACCCAGAUGGGGGAGAGGAAAGGGGAAGAGAGAUGAGCGAGUCAACGUGUGCUCUUUUCUCUUUUCAAAUCAGCUCCUUUGCAUGUAAGGAGGCAGUGAGGAUGCAGAUGCUUGAUGUCAGCAUGCACUCAGAAACCCCUUGACCCCUGACCAGAAUAUGAAUUAGAGAUGUGUAUGAAAGCAAAAGCAAAAACAGAAAGGCAGUUCCUAUUUCGGUUUUCUCAGGGAGCCUUCAGAUACGUGCAUAGCUGUGAACCCCAGAAGCGAUGCAAGCAUCACUCAGUCUGUCCAUCUAUGUGAGAAUUAACAGGAGGAGAGCGACUAAUAAGGAAGAGGAGGCAGGUGUGAUCUGCAGUGGGACGGACCUAGGGCACCCUGAGCCUGGGGGAACACCAUCAAAGCAGCCAAUCGCCACUCUCGAAACCCUUCAAGGACAAUCUCAGUCACUCAAUGUGACACAGCAGAGGCGAGAGGGACAAGACUGGCAAAUUAAGCAGCGGGGAUAAGAGCCUAUCUGCCCACCCCGCGUCAAUACGGGCCCCCGCAGCCGCUGAUGUAAAAUGGAUUCAACAUUUCCUUUCUCAUUAUCCCAUCAGCCUGCAAUACUCGGCCUCCUCUACGUUCAAAUCAGCCGGCCAAUCAACCCACACUCCCCUCCCCCCUUCGCCUUGAAGUGAUGCUAUUUUCUCAUCGUGGUUAUUUGGAAAGGUUCACUGCUUUUUCAGCGGCUCUCUGGGACUCGCUUCGUUUGAUCUCACAGUAUUAAACCACUUCACAUGUUUUGUUUUUUUACACUUCACUAAUUGCCAUGUGUGCACAGCACCUGCUACCGUGUAGUUUGUUUUACUGUCCUGUACAAAGCAUUAGCAUCGCUGCAGAAUAAUCCCAACAAUGAUUGGCACACACGUUCGCAAAAAGGC